GAGUCUGCUACGUACAAAAUGUUCUUCAUCAUUACAGCAGUAGCUCUCCUAAUACCAUAUGUCACCGUGCAGGGAUCUCACUCAACCCUCUCUCAAUCUGGGAUUGAGGGACUCAAGAAGCUCAGUACGAAGUACAAUAGUAACCUCAACUGGAACGAAGAUCUAGCGAAGAAAGCAUCCGAAUGGAUGACGAAAAAAGCUCCUGUGAAGGCUGGCGUGACGUACAGAGGAAAACGAUGCAUCCCGAAGACGGAGGAUAAAGAGCCGGCUACCGACAUGAUAAUUUCAACUUUCGCGGAAUCCUUCGAAAAAGAAGGGAAGAAAAUUGCUGCUGUGGGCGGAGGACUCUAUGGAUGCAGCGGCUUCGUCGACAGAAGGGGCAAGAAGAGAAGCUGCAUCUACGUCGGUUGCCUCUUCAGCAAAUUGGCAGAUCGACGCUUCAUAUGA